UGGCAAUAUUAUAUUCAAAAUUUUCCAAUCGCCUUUCUCAAUUCCCCCAAAACCUUCUCCAUUCUGAAACCCACCAUUUCUUCAACCCCUCUUAAUAAAUCCAUGGAUCAAAGACAAAGAAACCAAAAAAUCGUCCCAGAACCACAACCCCAUCAGGAUGAUUCCUCAGAUGUCGCCGGCCCUUUUCCAGUUGAACAACUUCAGGCAUCUGGAAUUGCGGCCACUGAUGUAAAGAAGCUGAAAGAUGCUGGAUUCUAUACAGUCGAGUCUGUAGCAUACUCUCCUAGAAAAGAGCUUCUGCAAAUUAAAGGAAUCAGUGAAGCUAAAGUGGAUAAAAUUGUUGAAGCAGCCUCCAAAUUGGUCCCUUUGGGUUUCACGAGCGCAGGCCAACUUCAUGCCCAGAGACAAGAAAUAAUUCAGAUAACUUCAGGGUCUGGAGAGCUUGACAAGAUAUUAGAUGGAGGAAUUGAGACUGGAUCUAUAACUGAAUUAUAUGGCGAGUUUCGCUCCGGGAAGACUCAGCUUUGUCACACUUUAUGUGUAACUUGCCAACUUCCAUUGGAUCAAGGUGGUGGUGAAGGGAAGGCGAUGUAUAUUGAUGCUGAAGGUACAUUCAGGCCACAAAGACUUUUACAGAUAGCCGACAGGUUUGGUUUGAACGGGACGGAUGUUUUGGAUAAUGUAGCUUAUGCACGAGCGUACAAUACAGAUCAUCAGUCUAGGCUAUUGCUUGAAGCAGCUUCAAUGAUGGUCGAAACCAGGUUUGCACUUAUGGUAGUGGACAGUGCAACAGCCCUUUAUAGAACUGAUUUUUCUGGUCGAGGGGAACUAUCAGCCCGGCAGAUGCAUCUUGGAAAGUUUCUGAGGAGCCUACAGAAGUUAGCAGACGAGUUUGGUGUGGCGGUGGUGAUCACUAAUCAAGUGGUGGCACAAGUAGAUGGUUCUGCCAUGUUUGCUGGGCCUCAAUUUAAACCAAUCGGUGGUAACAUCAUGGCUCAUGCUUCUACAACCAGGUUAGCUUUGAGGAAAGGAAGGGGAGAAGAACGAAUUUGUAAAGUAAUUAGUUCCCCGUGUUUAGCUGAAGCUGAAGCCAGGUUCCAGAUUUCUACUGAAGGUGUUAAUGAUGUUAAGGACUGAACGUUGCUAGCAAACACCAACUCUUUUUGGUUUAAGUUUGGCUCUUUGUGUCAUUAAUCCACUUUUUUUUUGCAUGGAACUGUACUACAAUAGCCUGAACUGUACUCUUUUGGUUUAAGCUUUCCAGGUUCAAGUUUUUACAAUCCUAAACAUUUAAUGAAUGAAAAUACUCUCCACUUCUCCAGUACUUGACACUAGAUGUCAUGAGUUGUUAAGGGGCUGUUUGGUACAUGUAAGUGGUUAAGAAUGGAAAAGAAAAAAGUGGAAUAUUCUUUUGUUUGGUA